UUGUAAUCAUUAACGAGUCCCUUCCUCUCCAUUCGUCGUCAAAACAGAACAAUUAAUCGCAAAAGAGAUGGAAUAUAGGUACUGAAAAAAGCUCACAACACAAACACGCUUAACAUGUCAUGCGUACCUAUCAUUAUUACAUCGCAGUAUUGAUUUGAACUCGUACGAGAUUGUAGUAUUAUUUUCCCCCCCCCAAUAAGCGUUGGAUUCAAUAACUGCUGUCGAUGAACUUCUAACAAGUCGAUCAUGAUAUCGCCUGUGACCGAAUGGUUGCUCGACAACGUUACGUGUCUGAGUUUGAUCGCCGCUUUCGCGAGCUUCUACUAUUAUUCGAUUUCGACGUAUGAUAAAUGGCGGAAAUCGAACAUUCCAUACGUGCCGCCAGUGCCACUGUUUGGCAACACGAUCAGAAUGAUGAUGAGGCUCGAGCAUCCUAUUGACAUGUUGGACAGGUUCUACAACAGUUUCCCGGACGUCAAAUUGUUCGGAUACUACCAGAUGAGGGACCCGAUACUGUUGGUCCGUGACCCGGAGCUGAUCCACACGAUACUGGUCAAGGAUUUCUCGUAUUUUACCGAUCAUGGUUUCGACUUGGACCCGUCCACGUCUGUGCUGGCCAACAGUCUGUUCUUCUCUAAUGGCCAACGAUGGCGGACGAUGCGUCAGAAGUUGAGUCCGGGCUUCACGUCCGGCAAGCUCAAGGACACGCACGCCCAGAUCAACGAGUGUAGCGACGAGAUGGUGUCUGGAAUURUCGAGACGAUCGAGAAGAAGACAGACCGAAUCGACGUGAAAACGAUAACUUCUGGUUUUUCCACUGACGUGAUCGGCACGUGUGCGUUUGGCAUGAAGUUGGACACGAUCAAGAACGACGAUUCUGACUUCCGGCGGUACGUCAGGAUAAUGUUUCAGAAUACUCCGAAACAGAUGAUCGUCCAGGUGUUGUUGAUGAUCUGCCCCUGGGUGAUCAAAGUGUUAAAAAUCCAAAUGUUUUCCGCGGAGGCGACCAAUUUUUUCCAUAAAGUUUUCACCGAUGUAUUCAAGUAUCGCGAAGAGCACAACGUGAUCCGGAACGAUUUGGCGCAGACCCUGAUGCAAGCGCGUAAAGAAUUAGUUUUGAAAAAAAACUCGACUACUGAAGAUAUAUUCACCGACGACGAUAUCAUCGGUAACGCAAUUCUCAUGUUCACCGCUGGUUCUGAAACCGUAUCGUCUAUUUUAUCUUUUUGCCUCUACGAACUGGCACUGAACACAGAAAUCCAAGACAGAUUACGGACAGAARUAUGUUCAAUGAAAGCAAAACAUGACGGACAGUUAAACAAUGAUUAUUUAAUGGACCUCCAUUAUACUAAUAUGGUGUUGGAAGAGACUGCACGCAAGUACCCCGUUGCUUUUAACUUAAUGAGAGUGGCUACAAAAACAUACACUCUACCCGACGAAUCAUUUGUAAUUGAAAAAGGACAAAAACUCAUUAUACCUUUGUUCAGCAUACAUCGUGAUCCAAAAUAUUAUCCCGAUCCGCUGAGUUUUGAUCCGGAAAGGUUUUCUGUGGAACAAAAAUCUCAACGACCUAAUGGCACUUACAUGCCGUUCGGUGACGGACCUCGAUUGUGCAUUGGUAAACGGUUCGCCGAAUCAGAAAUGAAAUUGGUCCUGUCAAAUGUAUUGUCAAAAUUCGAAGUCUUACCGUGUGAAGAAACUGAAAUUCCCGUUGACUUUAGAAGUGAAUCAGGAAUUAUUUCACCAAAAAACGGCAUUGUGUUAAAAUUUAGACCAAUUAUUGUGCAUAAAUAAUAAUUAUUAUUUAUUUCUAUCUCUAAAAAUGUAUCAACUUAUAUUACCUAUUUUUUGUCAAUAUUUCAAAUUACUCUGUUCGCACUUUUAUUAAGAAUGUUUUUUUAUAAAACUCUUUUGUUUCUUCUUGUAAUCUAU